AUGCAGAAGGCUAUUCAUGGCAAAAAACCAGCUGCUGAAUUCAGCAUCAGCUCCAGCCCUUUACCUGGCCCUGUAGAAGCAGAAAUGGAAGCAGAUAUUUCUGCUCCUGGCCAGGAACUUACUGUGAAUUGCACCUGGGUUCACCAUGACUUGAUGCCGAGUGUCUCCAGGUCCCUCCAGCAGGACUCAAGCUCUGGCCCUGACCAGCCUGCCCAUGCUGAGUGGAGUGGCUGUGUGGAAGAGCCUCCAGAGCUUGCUGAGCCUCCAGAGGGGAAAGGGCAAUCGAGGGAUUUUGCAGCAGAGAGCAAAAGCUGUAAACUGGAUUUCUUUCUUGGAUAUGAAAGUGUUUUCUCUGAGGCCCUUUCUGAUGCCCAGGCUGUGCUGAAAAGACUCGAGCAGACUGCAGGGAUUUCUGGAUGCAGCAGAAGAAAGAAGUUUCCUGUUAUCUUCUGCAUCCUGAUUAGGAGCGAAAGCUUGCUCUGGCUGCCUGUCUGGCCGAGGGAACAGGCACUGUUGAAGAAGUUGCUGAGCAAAGUGGAGUGUGUUCAGCUCAGGGAUGCUCACAGCCAGGAUGGUGACACCCAGGAUGCUUGGCCCCUGGACACUCAGACCCUCAUGCCUUUCUUGAAGCUGUUUCAAGACAUGAAUUCCAGGAUGAGAGCGGCUCUGCUGGAACAGGGCACUGGAGAAACCCCACGGCAAGGAGAGAACAGAGCCGAGGAGGAGACGCUGACCGCUGGCUUGCUGGGCUGCAGGGAGGAGCUGAUCCAGGGCGUGACACAGCUCAGCCCCAUCGUGGAGUUCUUGGAGGCAGCAGGAGGAUUCCUGACCCCCUCGGAGAAGGGGCUGCUGAUGGCUGUGCAGGAACCUUCAUCCCUGAACCUGCUCGUGGAGGAGAUCUGGAAACAACCUGGUGCAGAGUUUUUCUUCCAAGCAGGUAUCAGGGAGGGACAGACGUGUAUGGAAAGGGAUUUCUUUUCUGGUUUCUCAAAGCAGGUUCCAAGCAGUAGACAUGAAUCAGGAAGGAUGUGCCCUCACUCCCAGACCAACCUGACCUUUCACAGCCCAAAAUCUCUGUCAGGUGAUCUUAUCUUAUUAUUUCUCCAGCUACUGAGUGUUUCUGCUCAGAAGGAAAGUUCAGAGGCCUCCUUGAAAGCAGCUCUGAGCACAGCCCAGGAGAAGUGUGUCCUGGCCAUGAAGCUCUGCCAGGUGCUGUGCAGUGUCCAUGAGUCCUUCCUAGACCUUCAGCCAGUGAUGCAGGAGCUGGGCUGUGUGGGUCUCUUGACUGAGAGAAGUGGGGAGAAACCCAGGAUCAAGAAGUGGAAGGUGAACAGUGAAUCCCAAGUUAAAUCCCUGCACAAAGGUGAGGACGAGGCAGGAAGACCUGGUGGCAAAGAAGCAAAGGAAUCCCAAGACAAAACUUCUUCCAAGAAGAGUUUUGUCUGCAAAGCCUGUGAUACAUUCCACUUCUGCUGGUGCCUGCAGGUGCACAUGAAGUGCUGUUGGGUGUCCAGAGGAAAGCAGAUCCAAUGUAAAGAGUACAGCCAGGUCAAAUUGACCAAGAGGGAACUGGGGAAGCAUCAGCUGGAGGUCCACGAGGUGGUGGGGAUGGCCAAAAAAAAGAAGCAGGAGCUCCCUGUGGCAUGUGACAUCUGUGGAGGAGAGUUUGCUCAUGCCUCAGACACUGAAGAUCCCUACAGCUGCAAGAAGGGCCAGAUGAGCUUUGCCACCCUGCAGGAACACCACAAGCCAUGAAUGGAAUACCAUCCCUGCCCUACCUGCUCCAGAAUCUGCAGUGUCCCAUCACCCCUGGAGCACCUCAUGGUGACCCACACUGGGGGAAAGCCCUUUGGGAUCUGUGACAACACUUACCAGGGGACUCAGACGUCAGAGCAAGGAGCAGCAGAGCACAUCAUCUCUUCUGGUGGCACCCAGCUCGUUGUUUCCCAAGUCUUUGUGAUGUUGCCUGAAUCCCACGUGAGCCAAAGUGGCUCUGAGCAGGUGACUCUGGAGGACUUGACUGAUGAUCUGAUUUGUGAGGAAACCAAGAGGGAGACAGUGGGGGAUGCCUCUGGCUGCCACUUGGUAUCCCCUGGACUGUUCAGGAGCUCAAUGUGCUGCUCCAGCUCGCAGAUCCGGGGCUUCUGUGGGAAGGCAGUCUCCCAGGCAGGCAGCAAGCACAGAAUGACCAGGGACAGGAGAGGUUCAGAGACACUGCCUGGGAAGUCUCCCUGCAAUCAGCAGCUGGACCACCUCUCUCUCCCAACACGUGAGAAAUAA